AGUGCGCGUACAAAACCAUGGAAAGCUACACGCCAAUUGCGACCACUUCAAAUCUGUGCGCUGUGAGCACUGGCUUCACCGGGUAAGAAUUGCAGUGCACUUGACGGCCGAUGCCAGUAUCUUCCCGAUAACGACCUGCUUCAGGCUAUAAAAGUGCUGCAUCCUUCCUCAAACACGUAACAGUGCGUUCGUAACCGUAAGUGGGACGCUUUGUGAGGGAUUUGGGACAGCAACAAAACACACGCUUAGACAGUGAAAUAGUGAACAAUGGUGAAAUGGGUCGGUGUGUUAGUGCUAGUUGCAGCUGCUGCAGUAGCCUUCGCGGAUGAACCCCCCAAAGCGGCUGAAGGCAAGAAGGUGGUAUGCUACGUGGGAACGUGGGCCGUCUAUCGGCCCGGCAACGGUCGGUACGACAUCGAGCACAUCGACCCGUCGCUUUGCACCCACCUGAUGUACGGGUUUUUCGGCAUCAACGAGGACGCGACGGUACGCAUCAUCGAUCCGUACCUGGAUCUGGAGGAAAACUGGGGCCGCGGUCACAUCAAGCGGUUCGUGGGGCUGAAGAAUGUGGCGCCGGGGCUGAAGACGCUCGCCGCCAUCGGUGGCUGGAACGAGGGUUCGCGCAAGUUCUCCGCAAUGGCGGCAAGUGGCGAGCUGCGGAAGCGCUUCAUAAGCGACUGCGUUGCGUUCUGCCAGCGGCACGGGUUCGACGGGAUCGAUCUGGACUGGGAGUAUCCGGCCCAGCGGGACGGCAAUCCGCUGAUCGAUCGGGACAACCACGCCCAGCUGGUGGAGGAGAUGCGAGAGGUGUUCGAUCAUUACGGUUUGCUGCUGACUGCGGCCGUCGCUUCGGUGGAGUUUUCGGCCGGCGUAUCGUACGACAUACCGCGCAUUUCGAAGAGCUUCCACUUCCUCAACGUGAUGGUGUACGAUAUGCACGGCGCUUGGGAUAGUUACUGCGGCAUCAACGCUCCACUGUACCGGGGGUCAGCCGACACGACGGACAGGCUGGGCCAGAUGAACGUGAACGCCAGCAUCCAGUUUUGGCUGGCGCAGGGUGCACCGGCCGAGAAGCUGGUGCUUGGCAUUCCCCUGUACGGACGAAGCUUUACGCUGGCCAAUGCGGCCAACACGCAGAUCGGAGCGCCGACGGUCGGUGGCGGGACUGCUGGGCCUUACACGCGCGAACCGGGCGUGAUGGGUUACAACGAGUUUUGCGAGAAGCUGGCCACGGAGGCGUGGGAUUUGCGGUGGAGCGAGGAGCAGCAGGUACCGUACGCGGUGCGCAACAACCAGUGGCUCGGGUACGAUGAUCUUCGAUCGGUUCAGCUGAAGGUAAAGUAUCUGCUGGAUCAAGGUCUGGGCGGUGCCAUGGUUUGGUCCCUGGAGACAGACGACUUCCGUGGAGUGUGCGGUGGUGGACGGUACCCGCUGAUGCACGAAAUUCGUUCGCUCGUUAAUGGUGGUACGCCGAGCACAACGACUCGGCCACCAUCUGUCGCACCGAUCACAACCACUGUCGCACCUGGCACCACAACAACCACUCCUACGGGGGCAGCUCCGGGCACAACGCAGCCUCCAACGAGCGAUGCACCGAAUCACACCACCACCAGCACUACUACGGGGGCAGCUCCGGGCACGACACGGCCACCAUCUGGCGAUGGUCCGUGUGCCGGCGGGCGGAACGGGUUUGUGCCGCAUCCGACCAACUGUGCCCGGUACUACAUCUGCCUCACGGCGGACACAUACUACGAAUUCACUUGCCCGCCGGGGACACUGUUCGAUCCGGUGCUGCACAUCUGCAACUGGGCGGAUCAGGUCAAGUGUCCGAAUGAGUAAUUGAGCAGAUGCUUAGAAUUAGUGACGUUCUCUUGUGUUAAUAAUAUUUAUAAUGAAUUUUUGUGAUAAACUUGGAUGGUCUUGUGUUGCAACAAU